AUGGGGCUGCCUGCAAACGCCAUGGCUCUAUGGGUUUUCCUGUUUAGAGUCAAGAAGAAGCAUCCGUCGUCCAUCUACAUGGCGAAUCUGGCCCUGGCCGAUCUGCUCUUCGUCAUCUGGGUGCCGUUGAAGAUUGCGUACCACUUCAACAACAACGACUGGAUCUACGGAGAGGGCUUGUGUAAAGUUCUGGUUGCGUUUUUCUACGGCAACAUGUACUGCUCCAUCUUGUUUAUCACCUGCAUUAGUGUGCAGCGUUACUGGGCCGUGGUUCACCCAUUAACCCAGCUUCAAAAGGACAACUGUGUAGCCAUCGCAUUGUCUGUCACCAUCUGGAUAGUAGUCUGGGUAAUUACAGUGCCCUUGUAUCUAUACGAGCAGGAGGUCAGAGUCACGAAUGUCAACAUCGUAACAUGCCAUGACGUGACCAGGCCGAGCCAAAACAAAAUGGCGGCCGGUUACUUCCUCACAAUGGGAACUCUGGGAUUUUUUGUCCCUUCGUUGGUGUGCGUCGUGUCCUACGUUUUGAUGUUGAAGGCUCUUCAAAAGAAUAUCUCGGACCCUACGAUUGGCAAGAAGCGAAAGAAAGCGAUCGUCCUCAUCAUUACGGUGCUGGUUAUGUUUAUUGUCUGCUUCACUCCCAGUAAUAUAAUGUUAAUAGUCCACUACAGUUUGCUGCUGAGUGGAGCCAAAGACAACUUGUAUGGAUUCUACAUCACCACUCUCUGCUUGGCGAGUCUCAACAGCUGCAUCGAUCCCUUUGUUUACUAUUUCAUCUCCGAGGACUUCAGAAAUCACAUCAAGAACACUUUCUUGUGUCGCAGCGAGCGUACUGUGGAGCAAAUGAGGGUCUCGUUCAGUGCCUUGAAAUACUCCAAGAAGAGCAACACCUACACCUCCAGCUCAGGCAACACACGCAGUACUGAGUGCUAG